GAGCUGAGCGGUCGCAAUUUGAAAGGUUCUAGUAGAUAACAGGAUCAGUACAGGUGGUAAAACUCCCUUCUUACUUGUCUCCCGUUCCCUGGGAGCUCCAUCAAAAUUGUGCUGGUGAUUAAAUUGUGAAAAAAGCGACACUUGAGCGAAGGAGCAAAGAAAAAGUCAAGUCUGCCACAGAAAAGCCUGUGGAAAGGUGACGAACGGAGGGAUCUAUAUAUUACAGUGGAAAAUUUUAUGAAGUCAUUGGCUCCACAAAGAAAAGAUAUGAAUACUUUAAUUUAACACAAAAGUAAAUUAUUGAUUUUCUCCGGCUUGCUGAAGGUUUCCCCAGUAAACAAUCCCCUGGGGAUUCAGGUGAAAAAAAAAACAAGUUUUCCUCGAAACGUUCCUGCAGAUCACGACGUAGUGCAUAUCAUCACAGUUUUUUUCAAAAAAGAGUCAAAUUAGUGGAUGCUUUUCCGGGCAAGAUAUCCAAGUAUCCCUCGUCAGUCAAUGUGAAUGGUGCCACGCUAUGCAGUCAUAAAUGUGAAAGUUUCAAGAAAAGUGAAAUUCAAUUGACGAGCUUCCUGUCGUGGAUAUUUCUAUAAACUGGGGGAAAAAAAUUGUAGAAACGACGUACAGCUGAACCGAGCUCAUCGAGACGGAUUCUUUUACAAACAAACACGAAAACAAGCUUGAUUGAGUUUAGGGGUUUUGGAACGGCACAGCAUGAAGAAACCUGUUUGGACGUAGUGAGCAAAUUCAUCAGAACGGUUUCAUCGUCGGGCAAAAAGUGUCAGGAAAGGUAACAACCAGUUGUGUGCUUUUCAUCGUUCCACAAAAAAAACCAACGGAUCCGUGACUGAUUGAACCACCGACCGGUUGAAACGUGGAAUGUGGAACCACUAAAACGUGGGUCGUUCGGUUACCAGUAAUAGAAGCCCUAUUCUGGUGCGAUACGUCCCUACCUUCGAGAGGCCAUCAUUCCAGCCAGCAACGGGUGAAACAAGACCCCAAAUUAAUUACACGCGGCCACACGUGCCAGUUGAGAUCGGAUGUUGGAGGAAAAAAAGAACAGCACAAUUUUCGCUCACCGACGCUAAGUGCUAGACAAACAAAAAUACACACCAUUUGAAACAGCACGGACGAGGCGGGAACUGUCAAAUUGAUCGACAAGCUUCAGGUGGUAUUUUUGUGUAUGUGUGUGCCGGUGUGUAUGUGCCCCGAUGAAAGAGCAGUCAAUCUGUUCGGAUCGUGAGUGUUGAUGUAGAAACCAUAAAUUUCGGUUUAGGAAAUAAUUAUAUCAAAGCAACCGAAUCAGCGGCGAGUCAAAGUGCAGUUCGUUGGAAAAUUGUAUGCUCAGGCGUAACAGUGACAGAAAUACCAUCGGCGAAUAGUGUGUGCUGAAUAAUAGAUAGAUGAAUAGCAUUUCGUUGAAAAUCGCUGGACGAAAAUUCGAUUAGAAAGUGAUUAGAAAGUGAUAUUCCAAGAACUCGCUACUGGAGAAGAUUUUCCAUCUACCACAUUUUUCUUUCCUGGCGAACCGUUCACCAUAAAAACCUUUCAACAUUCCGCUUUUCCAAUUAAAUGUUAUGCCGGCCGCGACCAUGUUUUCCAAGUUCAAAAGCAGCAGCACGAGCGCACCGCCGCCCAACCCGUACGACAACAAUCCGAUUACGCAGUACUUUGAGAUUGGAAAACAGAUUGCCUGUGCCGGACCGGAGCUGGUGUGGAAGAUCCACGAGGGUUACCGGAAGACCGAUGGCAAGGAAUGUUCGAUUUUUGUGUUCGAAAAGCGGACCGCAGAGAAAUUACACAAACCCAAACGGAAAGACUUGGUAACGGAAAUCCUGCGGGCAUCGGUCAAACAGCUGGAACGGUUCCGACAUCCAAAGAUACUGCAAAUAAUGCACACCGUGGAGGAAAGUUCGGAAACCCUUUCGUUCGCCACUGAGCCCGUCAUCGCCAGCUUGGCAAACGUCCUAGCAUAUCAGGAAAGUGCAGGCACUGUUCCGGGUCCACCGAGCACCGGUGCUUCUCAGCAGAUACAAAACACGACUCCUGCUAGCCGACCAACACAUGCGAAAGAGUAUUCGUUUCUGGAUAUAGAGUUAAAGUACGGAAUUCUACAGAUUACGGAAGCCCUGUCUUUCCUGCACUACUCGGGCCAGCUGAUACACCGGAACGUGUGUCCCUCGUCGAUUCUAAUCACGAAAAAGGGCACCUGGAAGUUGGCCGGAUUCGAAUUCACCGAACGAGUCAACGAAACCGACUCCACUGACCCGGUCCCCUGCCAGUCCUGGUCGACGAGGUCAUCUAAAAUGUUGCAACCCAACCUGGAUUACAUGGCACCGGAGAACCAGAUCAACUCUAACUGCAGCAUACUGAGCGAUAUGUUCUCACUCGGCAUGGUGAUAUGUUCCAUUUUCAACCACGGGAGACCGUUGAUACAGUCGGGAAACUCGCCACCCGCCUAUCUGAAACAGAUUGAAAUGCUGGACGAGGCUGUUCACAACAUACUGCCCAGGAUACCUAUUCCACUGCAAGAAGCCACCACCCGAUUACUGAAAAAAUCUCCCGGUGCUCGGCCAACGGCUCAAUUGCUGACGCUCAUCAAGUUCUUUAGCGACCCCGCGGUUCAAGCGCUGCAAUUCCUGGACGUCAUCAACAUGAAAGAUCCCACCCAGAAGACUCACUUCUACCGCAGUACCCUGCGAGAGGUGCUUCCCUUCAUACCACGGAAACUAUGGUGGCAACAUAUCUGGCCUAAUCUGCAGCAGGAAAUGCGUGCUGAUGAGGUACUGGCGGCAGUACUGCAACCCGCCCUGACUCUGGUCCAAGAAUCUUCAAACGCCGAAUACGAAGCAAUCAUUUUACCAACCUUUAAGACUGUUUUUGUAGCCCCUAAGUCUAUUCAAGCAACAGUAGCGUUACUAGAGAACUUACACAUAAUCCUAGAGAAAACACCACGAGACGACAUCAGGACAGAGGUGCUUCCACUGCUUUUCAAUGCACUCGAAAGUACAACGAUACAGGUGCAGAGUGCUGCACUGGUAGCAGUGACGAACGUAUACGACUAUCUGGACGACAUCACAAUUAAGAAACUUGUGCUACCCAAGCUGAAAUCGGUUUUCGAGAAGAAUCAAAGUGAUCUGAAAAUCAUGGGCAACGUGCUGCAGUGUGUGGAGCGCACACUAGACAAACUCGACAAGUCACAGAUCAUAGACGAAGUACUGCCAUUGCUGCUCGAAGUCAGGCUUACGGAUCCGGAUAUAAUAGUGCGAGUCGCCAACAUUUACCGAAUUAUGCUGUGUGAUAAAAAGUACGGCCUUACUGUGAACAUCAUGGCUACCAAGGUGAUGCCAACGCUUCUGCCACAGACAGUGAAUCCUUCGCUAAAUCUCGAACAAUUUAUGAUCCUAUUGGAGGUGCUUCAAGAGAUGCUGGACCAGAUCGAUAGACAUCAGCGUAACAAAUUGAAACUGGACAACCUGUCACUUCCGUCGCCGGACCGCCAUCGACCGCUGCGCCAUCAAUUUUCCUCCGACAACAUGAAUGUGCAGCAGUUCAACAUCCCGAAUCUUCGGAUCGACCAGCGAAAGACUUCCAGUGCCGAGGAUAUGGCACGGAAGAACUCAACAGGUUCGGGUGCUCUAGGUAGCUGGUGGUUCGGUGGCUCGCCCUCCUCGCCGGAUAGCAACUUUCUGCGGGUGGUCAAUGCCUUUCCCAAUCGUCGUCUAUCUGACAAUACGCUCAUGACACCGAAGAUACGGAUUGCCCCUUCGUGUGCCUCCUCACCGGGUGGCACUCCAGGUGGUGGUCUACCAAUCAGACGACAUUCUAGCAUCGGACCACAGGAAAGACGAAGCUCCAACAUCAAUCUAUCACCACCGACCGGUUUUAGCGCACGCGGCGGCUCCGGUUCGAGCCUUUCAGUGCCUGCCACUUCCGCUUCCUACGUAGGCGGCUCAAUGCCAAAUACGUCUAGUAGCGUGCCAUUCCUGCUCUCGUCCAGCAUGCAGUCGAUCCGUAGUCGCCGCACCUCGACAGUGCUAUCUUCCGGCCCGCUCGGGUCCGGAUCGGGGCUGCUGCAGCAGCUCGGUUCCGGCAUGGAAAAAGUGUGCGAAUCCAUUCAACAAUCCACAUCAUCAAAAAGCAAUACAAAGAAGGCAAGAAACUUUUCAUUUUUGUACAUUUUCAAACAGUUACCUGCACUGGCGUUACACUCAUACAAGCACACAAUCAAGCAUACAGAAUUUAACAUCUCUCACAACUGUGCACCUAUUGCUACUGCGUUCACAACUUUACAAUUCUGCACGGGUACAGGAUUUAAUACUUUCAUGGUAGGAAAUCAAAUAAAAAUUACCUUCAAAGUGUUUAAUUCAUUUACAUGGAUGCAAAUCAAUUCGUCGCGCAGCUGGAAAGCGCAUGAAGGAAAACAUAUCGGUAAACAAAGUUGCGAACCAAUCUAUAGGCUGUUCUAAUCUUCCAGGUUCCUACACAAUCGACAGAGCUCUUCCAUUACACUGGGUUUCUAUGUGGACGCAUAGUAGUUCCCACAAUACACUCUAAAACAUCAUCUAAAUGGCUAUUAUCCUUCCCCGUGAGCUUGCAAUUUUUAAUAUGUCUUACUGCCUUGCAUAUUUCAUCUAUCGCGGUGCAGUCUGCAGCUUGUCCAUCAUCUUAAAUCAUCAUUCUGCUCGUGAAAUACCAAUAUUAUGAUGAUUUCUAACAAUUAUAACAAACCAUUCUAAAUUUCAAAUUAAAAAGGAUUUUGAAAACGCGAAAACGAAAUUAUGUAGCAAUAAAUUUUCCUUUCCAUUAGGAUUAGAGUUUAUUUUAAGUUGAUCAAAAUUGAUAAUAAAUUUCAAAACAUUGAAUUAAAAUACUGCCGGAAGAUACACAAAUCAUCUAAACAAACUUAUUGUCGAAGCAAUAAUGACGAAUUACUUUUAUACAGUUUCCAAUUCAACGAUGGACAAGAAGAAAACCGCAUCGUAAUUCAAUGCAAGAUUCAUCAUAAUGCAAAUAUUCGCUACCGCUUUGCUUGGGACGAACUUCUCUCAUCUAUUUACGUUUACAACAACCAAAAAUUUUCACAAAAAGCCUCUCUAAAUGGUCUUACGUACUUUAGCCUGGGUUAAUAUGCAAAUUCAGUCCGUUGGCAUCUUGCCUAUACCCACGUGUUCCUAAUCAAUUUAUUACACAAACAAUAUUUCUAUAUUCCAGUGAAAAAUAUGAGGAGAAAGCAAAAACAAACCUUCACCGUCGCAGUUAGAAACGAUCCUCUGAAUUCGAUAAAAAAAAACCCUACCCUGCUAAGUAUCGAAGCAUUCCCAGAAGAGCAGGAGCUUUUUCUGAAUUUGCAUUCUGGGUCAGCUCCCAGUGAAAUGGCUAGCAAAUCGAUGAUGAACACGUUUCCAAAAUCUUUAAAGUUUGCAUUUUAUCAACUUUAAUAGUAAUAGUCAUUGGAAUAUACAUCGAAGAUAUUUUUAAGUAUUGAAACUUCACCUGCACAGUUUAGAGAAUGUUUGAUUCUUAACAGUAAAACUAAUCCAUGUAAAACCAUGGGCA